AUUAGUUGAAUUGUCUAAACCAGCAGAAUGCAAAUGAUUUCAAAGUUGAAGGUGACCAAACAUCUCGAGACCCUCAAAGGAAAAAUGUCAGGAGGGUUCAGGAUUUUUCCCUUUGGUGGAUGCUUUGAUGGGUGUCGCGAUCAUGCGCAGGCAUCAGGUGGAUUCGGGACGAGAAUCUGGAACCUGAGUGACCGACAGGUGGAGCUUCAGGUAAGGGUGGGAUCAAUUCUGAAGAAAGUUCACACCUUGAAGCCUGGUGGUUCAAAGAGGCUGAAGUGCAAGAGCAUAUACAAGGCCUACAUGCCUGGCAAGAGUGGAGGCAUGAAGAGCAUGCUAUAUUACUAUGAUGAGACAUGUCACCCUUACAUUUGGGUGCAUGACACAGGAGGAGAUUCAUCAAGAAUGGUAAAGCAGCAGUACAUUAGUCUUGAAGACCUAAGGGACUAUUCUGAGAUAAGAAUCUUCAGGGAUCAUCAACGAGGCUGCAUAUCUGUCCGCAAGAAACCCCGGCAGGAUUUUUGCUGAAACUAUCAGCUCCAUGAUUCCCAAGUCAUCUUAAUCCCCCCAGCACGCUUAUGUGUUUGAUCAUGGCAUUAUGCUAAUGUCUGUUCUUUCUUCUUACUCUUCUUUUUUCCCCUUUGCAUCAGUUUAUGAUCUUUGUUGUUCUUCACUUAAUUGUGGCUCGGUAAAAAGAUUAUACUGUUUGCCAAGAAUGAAUAUAUAUACUUGUAGCAU